AUGGUGAACAUGACUAAUCGUGGUAAAGGAGUGAUCAUUGAUGAAAAUGAGAUAGACAAAAUCUCUAAUUUGCCCACACAUAUCCUCGAUGAAAUAUUCAAGGACAUGUCAUUUCUAGAAUUGGUAAAAACAUGUGUCUGGUCGAAUAUAUGGAAACAUUUCUGGGCUACGCAUCCGAUUGUAGUUCUAGAUAGGGAGUUCUUUAACGAGUUAAGUGUUACUACAGGAUUGGUAGAAUAUGGUUUUAGUAGCAUGAUUGACAAUAUUCUCUUGCGACAUAUUGGAUUAAUAGUCAUAUUUUUUCUUGAUUUGUCAACCAUCUACUGUAAUGAUAAGGACGUUGACUAUUGGUUGUUAUGUGUAACAAGUAAACGUGUCAAAGAACUUACCCUAAAAAAUCUCAAACACAAGCGUUAUACAUUACCUUUUUGUAUAUUUGAUUGUCCAACUCUCACAUAUCUAGAUGUCACCAAUUUCAUGGUUAAAUUUCCACCUUCUCCCAGAGCAUUAUUCCCAAAUCUCCUUCAAUUGACCUUGAAGUUCAUCAAAUUUUUCCCAAACAAGGCAAAUUAUGUCUUGAAUACCCCAUUACUUUCAUCCUUAACGUUCAUUGCUUGCAAUGGCGUUCAUUUCCUCACCAUAUCUGCUCCUAGGAUCCAGUUCUUGACUAUUCAUGAUAGUCAUGACAUUCACGCAAGUUUUUUUGAAAACUUGUCAAAUGUUAGGGAGUUGUUCAUGGUAUUACAAGUCCGUGAAGAAUCAAAAACUUAUGAAGAAGAGAGGUUCAUUACAUGGUCUCGUCUUCUUUAUUUGUGUUGUAACCUAACAAGGCUUGUUUUGAGUAAUUCUUGCAUUCAGGUUGUCAAUACCUUGAGUGAAAGAAACAUAGAUGACGUUGCACAUUAUUUGGAAGAUCCAAAUUGUGUUGAUAAACAAUUUGAGAAGCUUGAAUUUGUGGAACUAAGAAAGUUUGAGGGGACACAAUUUGAACACAUUUUCUUAAAGCUCAUAUUGGCAUAUUCCCCUUCACUUUCAAGGAUGAUUGUUGAACCUUCUGAUGAACUUGAUGUAGUUGAGGUAUUGGCUGUGUGUAAACAACUGAUGAUGUCCUUAAAAGCAUCACCAAGAGUAAAAGUCAUUGUAGCACCUCUUGGUCAAGGCAGACUUGGAGUUUACCAUCUCAAGGGUGUUACUCAAGUUUGGUUUGAUCAACGAAAGGAGAAGAGGGCAAUUGAUGUGGGUCCUCUAGAUUGGGAUAAAUUCAAAGAGAUGUUUCUUGAUCGUUUCUUUCCUCUUGAGGUGAGGGAGGCGAAGGUGCAAGAUUUUAUCAAUCUACAACAAGGGAAAAUGAGUGUCAAGGAGUAUGCAUUGAGGUUCACUCAAUUGUCUAAGUAUGCUCCUACUAUGGUUGCUGACUCUAGGAUAAAGAUGAGGAUGUUGUUAGAGGCACAGAGACGACAAAUGAAGCGAGCAGUUGUGCCGAUCACAAAGCCGGCUUCCAGAGGCCAAUAUUGA